AGCCCAGCAAUGCCAGAUAUUCAUCUUUAGCUUCUUGCAGAUGUAUUAACUAAGGAUGGCGAUGAUGGUUGCAUUAACAGUCCAUGGUUGGCAAUCGCCUGGACAUUGUUAUAGACCAGUGCCUAGAAUCUCAACGGCUGCUAGAAAAGGUUGCAGUAUACAAGGUUUUUUGAAGGAUACAACAUUUCUUCUGAAAACGUCGAAAGGUGAUGAUGAGCUUCACUUGGGUCUCAUGAUGAAAUCUCUUGGAGGUGGUCAUGGCAAUGUGCUCAUCAAGAAUAAGACAAGAAUCCAUGUUAUGUCUCCAGAGAUUUCACCACCAAGUUUCGCUGUGGAGUUUCUUGAUGCAUGGGACGAUGAAUAUGGUGGGAUCGUUGUUGAUGCUAACAGUUUACCCUCUAGUGCUAAUGCCUUCGCAUCUGCCCUCCGAGCUUCUUUGACUGAUUGGAAGUUGAAGGGGAAGAAGGGAAUAUGGCUCAAGAUACUGUCGGAACAAGCUGAACUCAUUCCAAUAGCAAUUAAGGAAGGUUUUGACUACCAUCAUGCUGAACCAGGCUACGGUAUGCUCACGUAUUGGGUUCCUGAUGGCCCUUGCAUGCUUCCUGAUAGCCCUUCUCAUCAGAUUGGCGUAGGAGCAUUUGUGAUCAAUGAAAAAAGAGAGGUGCUUGUGGUGAAAGAAAAAUGUCCUUGUAAUUGCUCUGGCGUUUGGAAGAUGCCUACUGGAUAUAUUAACAAGUCUGAAGAUAUAUUCUCAGGAGCCAUAAGAGAAGUCAAAGAAGAAACUGGUGUUGACACCAUUUUCCUGAAGUUGGUUGCUUUCAGACAUGCACACCUUGUGGCAUUUGAGAAGUCUGAUUUACUCUUUGUGUGCAUGCUGAAGCCGUUGUCCUCUGAAAUAACAAUUGAUGAGAAAGAAAUCCAAGCUGCUAAGUGGAUGCCGGUGGAUGAAUAUAUCGGGCAGCCAUUUUAUGAAGAAGACGACAUGUCGAGGAAGGUGAUCGAAGCUUGCAUUGCAGAGCAUGAAGGUCACUAUAAUGGAUUUGUUGGGCGCCGGUUGAGCUCCAAACUUGAUGGGAAACUAUCCUACUUGUAUUAUGAUUGUUCAAGCAGUUUUUAAUGCAGUAAAUUUAUUAUUUAAACAUUUAAAUAAAUUCAUUUUAAUAUUUUAAAAAAUAUUUUUUAAUUAAAAAUAAUUGAAUUUUU